AGCGAGAAUGCACAAAGCUAGCGGGCGCGCUAGCCAGUUUUGUUCUCCUCUUUGAAAUUAAUCUCGUUUAAUUAUGGCCACAAUGUCCGGAGGAACAAACCUCGGCAUCCCCGGGACAAGCCACGCCAGCUCCGGAACAGCCGCACAUCGGAAAAAGGACAGCAGCCCGUCCGCUAGGUUCUGGGAGAGCCCGGAUACUUUAGCCCAGCUGGAGGUGGUGCGACAGUGGAUCGGGAAGCACUACAAAAAGUACGUGCUGGUGGACGCUCCGUCGUGUCCGGCUCUGGCCGGUGUGACCCUCCAGCUUCUCCACUUCCAGGAGGAUGCCUUCGGCAGACAAGCGACCAGUCCUGCUUUCACCAAACUGCCCGCACAGUGUUUUCUAGACCUGCGGCCAGCGGGUGGACUCUGCCACAUUCUUGGCAGUGCCUAUAAGUUUAAGGCAGAGCAAGGCUGGCGGAGGUUUGACUUGCAGAAUCCAUCAAGAAAUGAAAGAAAUGUUGAGAUGUUUGGUGCAAUUGAAAGAGCCCUAAUCCAGAACAACUGCAUGUCACUCCCUGUGGUAUAUGUGGACUCUAAACUGGAUCAGGAGCUGGCUAGCAGACUUACGGAUAUUAUCACCAAACACAAGGGUACUCUGACUGAGGACCGAACGCUCGCCAGUCACCACAUCUACACCUCACUUGCUACUAAAGAGGAAGAUGAUUGGAUGCGUCCUGUCAUGCGGAAAGACAAACAUGUCUUGGUACACUGGGGCAUGCACCCUGACAGUUAUGACAGUUGGCUGUCCUCAAGUGAUGUUGAACGAGAGGUUGAAGAGAAACCACAUUCAGAAAAGCCGUGGCGGGUCCAUGCUGGCUGGGUUCUCGACACAGAUGUUUUCAACGAGUGGAUGAACGAAGAAGACUAUUGUGUCGAUGAGAGGAAUGUACCAAUCGUUUUCCGCCAGCGCAUUCACCUCAGAGACGACCAGGACUCUAAAAUCACCCCCUCCAAAAAGAGAAGACGCUCCCCCUCUCCUCCCUCCUCUGAAGUGAGAAAGAAAGGAAAGAAGGGGAGAAGGCGCGGACCACAAGAGGAAGGGUCAGAGGAGGACUUGACCAAAGACAUGGAGGACCCUACCUCUGUUCCUAACAUGGAGGAGGUUGUACUACCCAAGAAUGUCAACCUGAAGAAGGACAGUGAGAAUACUCCUGUCAAAGGAGGGACUAUGGCUGACCUGGAUGAACAGGAGGAUGAUUUCCCAGGAAGGGAUGAUGACGAGGGGAGAGGGGAUAUUCCCCGCCUGUCAGAGGGAGAGGACACCAUCACAGAACAAUCUCAUCAUAUCAUCAUACCAAGCUACACUUCUUGGUUCAAUUACAACAUCAUUCAUGCAAUAGAGAAACGUGCAUUGCCUGAAUUCUUCAAUGGAAAGAAUAAGUCCAAAUCGCCAGAAAUCUUCCUGGCAUACCGUAACUUCAUGAUCGACACAUACCGGCUCAACCCCCAGGAAUACCUCAGUUCAACGUCCUGCAGACGCAACCUCACUGGAGACGUCUGUGCUGUCAUGAGGGUUCAUGCCUUUUUGGAGCAGUGGGGUUUGAUUAACUACCAGGUGGAUGCAGAAAGCAGGCCUCUCCCCAUGGGACCCCCACCCACCCCUCAUUUCAAUGUACUGGCUGAUACACCGUCCGGGCUGGCCCCCCUACAACACAAACCACUGCAGGUAAAACACACACACACACACACACGGAAUACAUGGCUACAGCUCGAACAGAUGUAUCGGAAACACACAUUUGAAUUAUCUGAAAUGCCUCCUGAUAAACUCUGUCGCCCACUUUCACUCUCGCAGGUGUCGGCCUCGCAGCACAUGUUAUAUUUCUCGGAGAAGAGCAAAGAAAAGCCUUCAGACUGCCAGAACUUUGGUCUGCGCUCCGACAUCUACACCAAGAAACACCCGAAGACUAAAGGUGCAAAUGCAGCAUGGGAAUGGACCGAGCAAGAGACGCUUUUGCUAUUAGAGGCCUUAGAGGUCUACAGAGAUGACUGGAACAAAGUAUCCGAGCAUGUGGGCUCCAGAACACAGGACGAGUGUAUCCUCCACUUCCUUCGUCUGCCAAUAGAAGACCCGUAUCUCGAAGACUCCUCGGCCUCCCUUGGCCCACUGGCGUUCCAGCCUGUGCCUUUCAAUCAAUCAGAAAACCCCGUCAUGAGCACUGUGGCCUUCCUGGCCUCCGUGGUGGACCCACGGGUGGCUUCUUCCGCCGCUAAGGCCGCACUGGAGGAGUUUUCCAAAGUGCAGGAGGAGUCAGUGGAUAAGAUCUCUGAAAUGUCCAACCAGCCUGACAAAACAGAGUCGAUGGAUGCAGAAAUAAUGGAAACAAAGUCGGCCUCCAAUCAGGUCUCUUUAAUGGGCGAUGAGCUCACGGUGGAACCCAUUAAGGCUAAAGUAGAGGGAGAACUAGUUAAAAGGGAAAAUGACGAAAGUAUUCUUGCAGAGGAGAGAGAUGGAAGGGGAGAUGACGACGAGAGUCUAGGUCGCGGAGAUGUGGAUGAGGCAAGAGGGAUGGAGCAAGAUCUGGUGGAGGGCAGAGUUGCCACGGCAGCAGCAGCUGCUCUGGCCUCAGCUGCCACAAAGGCCAAGCACUUGGCAGCAGUAGAAGAGAGGAAGGUAAAGUCCCUGGUGGCUCUGCUGGUGGAGACCCAGAUGAAGAAGCUGGAGAUCAAACUGAGGCACUUUGAGGAGCUGGAGACCAUCAUGGACCGUGAGAAAGAGGCUCUAGAGCAACAGCGGCAGCAGCUCCUGACAGAGAGACAGACGUUCCACACGGAGCAGCUGAAACAGGCAGAGAUGAAGGCUCGCCAGCAGAGGGAGCAGCAGGGGCAGCCGGGAUUCACAAUGCAGCAAUCAGCCUUGCCUACUCCUUCAGGCCAGCCCAUGCCCAACCGGAUGAUGCCUGUUGGAGGAAACGCCCAGGUGAUGGCCCCUCGACACCCGGGAGCUCCCAAUGGCAUGUACCCGUCCUCGCAGCCUGAUGGGAAAGCACCAGCUCAGCCGGGUCCUCCACCGUCCACUCACAGCUGAACUGACCAGAAAACAAGAUGCACACACAUACACACCAGUCCUCCUUCAACUGAAAACACAGAUAUUACAAUGAAACACUGGCAAAUAUGAUCAGAAAAAACUGUUGAGAAUUUGAACUUUGUAACUAUUCAGUACUAGUCAUAUGUUUAUAGACACACAAGCACAUAGACACAGUUAAUGUGUAUUUGGUAACGGCUCAGUCUUAUAUCUGUGAAAUAUUUGUGCUCUGACGUCAGAGUUGAGAAAUCUGAAGAUUGAACUCGGCUCAUUAAAACUGUUUUACAUGAAACUGA